AUGCCUCCCAAAUCUAUCUUUCGACAGUCCGGCGCACAACACUUCCAGCUGGUCCAUCGCUCUCAGCGAGAUCCAUUGAUCCAUGAUCCGGAGGCCAGCACACAUGUCUUGAAGGCAUUCGAGCGCGGUAAUGCCGCAAAGGGAAAGUCAAGGGCAGAGCUCGAACGAGUACUUUCGCCCUCCGAUCUCGCUCACGACGCCGAGCGAGCAAAUAUCGGCGAGGCGGCAUUAUACGGUGUCUACUAUGACGAUACAACCUAUGACUACAUGCAACACUUGCGGCCGGUCGGUGUGCAGGAAGAUGGCGUCGACAGCAUACUUAUCGAGGCUCCGUCGAAGCCUGCAGGGAAGGGAAAAUCAAAACAAUCCAUUACAUUAGUCGACCUACCUCCGGAAGUACUUCCAUCCACCUCCGAACUCCCGCGAAAUUACGAAUCGAAUAUUCCGUCGUCGAUAGCGGGUUUUCAGCCAGACUUAGACCCUCAUUUACGUCAGGCACUGCAGGCACUGGAGGAUGAUGCGUUCGUGGACGACGAUCUAGACGACGACUUCUUCGGAGAAUUGGUGGCGGAGGGCGAGUUGCCCCUAGAUGCCCACCUCGAAUUUGAGUUUCGUGAGGAUGGGUUUGAAUAUGAAUCAUCCAACGGCCGGACAGAGAGUGCAGCAGACAAAGAUGAUGAGGGCUGGGAAGCACGUUUCGCGCGAUUUAAACAAGCACAGAAGGUGACGUCCUCAGAGAGCUCUGACGUAGAUGCAUAUUCGGAAGGAGAGGACACUGUCGGUACAUUGCCUCGGCUGCCAGUAAUUGGAGGCAAGCGAAGACGUAAAGGCUCGUCGGAUGCCUCGGGAUAUAGUAUGAGCAGCUCAUCAAUGUUCCGUAACGAGGGAUUGACUACACUUGAUGAGAAGUUUGACAAGAUUCAAAAGGAGUAUGACUCGGACUCCGACCCUGAUGGGAACGAUGCAUCUGAAGCUUCUGACGAAGCACCUGAGCUAAUUACCUCCCGCGAGGAUUUCGACACCAUUAUGAAUGAAUUUCUCGACAACUAUGAGAUUCUAGGUGGGAAAAUGCGCCCAAUACUCGCAGGCGAGACUGCUACAGACAAACUCGAUACCAUGCGAAAAGCUCUUGGCGCGGUGCACCUUCGUGAUUUAGGCGAAGACAGCGAGGAGGAGGAUAUUUUGAUGCCCUCAGACGUUGACGCCAAGAAGGAUAGGUGGGACUGUGAAACAAUAUUGACGACCUACAGUAAUCUUGAGAAUCAUCCUCGGCUGAUCAGAGCCCGUCAAGAGAAACCUGUACCCAAAAUCCGGCUCGACCCCAAGACAGGGCUUCCUGUAAUUGAGGGAAAAUCACACCCUCAGGCAAAGAGCUCAGAUACCGCAUCGGACUCUGACAUGGAGGAUGGAUGCCGUGCGUAUUUCGGAUUUUACUUUGUGUUAUCGAAAGCCAACUGCCGCUAUGCAGCUACGAGAGUGACGAUUAUCCGAUCCAAAAAUGAGUCGAAGGAGGACAAGAAGGCACGCAAGCAAGCUGUUAAAGCCGAGCGACAGUCACGGCGCCUUGACAAGAAAGCAACGAAGGAGCAGUUCAGCGCGGAGGCGAAGAGGCACAACAUAACACUUGCUCACAGGGAGAGGAUGAAACCAAGAAAGCUGUGA